CCUCCUUCAUCCCAUAGCUGUCAUCCUCAGCAGUGCUCAGACGACGGCUUAAUACCAAACGCCCGGAUGAGAGCAGCAGCAGGCGACAUUCACGGCAACAUGGUCGCAUGACUCUUCCGAGUCGAGGGCAACCAUUCCGGGGGGACGACGGCCACUGCUGGAAUCUGUGACAUUUUCGACGCAACCCACGGAGAAACGGUUCUGGGAAAAUACAGGCAGCGAUAGAGGCGUGGAGGCGGAGAGAGAGUAACGGCACAUUUCCCCCCUUGUGGUGUCCUAUUUCGUUGGUGAAGGAUCGUGCAGACUCGCUGCCUCACACUAAGCUAUGGAAUGCUCCCUGCACCCACCAUCACUAGUCUCCAAUCUUUGGACUGAGCUUCAGACGCUUAGUUAGCGGCUGUGCUUCUCCCCUCAAACUCUUUAUAACCAGGGGACGAAGAAAAGGAGCGGACUUACCUUAAGUCCUCCGCUAAAAGCGCACAGAGCACUUCUUUUUUUUUUUCAAAAAAAGAAUAUUUAAGCUAGUUCUUUGUUUUUCUCCACUUGGAUUUUUUCCCGUGAAGUCACAUCAAGAUGGAUCUGGAGGCGUAUCUGUGGAUGGUGAUCCUUGGCUUCGUCAUUGCCUUCAUACUGGCUUUUUCAGUGGGCGCCAAUGAUGUGGCCAAUUCCUUUGGUACAGCGGUGGGGUCCGGCGUGGUCACUUUGAAGCAGGCCUGCAUCCUGGCAUCGAUCUUUGAGACACUGGGCUCAAUGCUGCUGGGGGCCAAAGUGGGCGAGACGAUUCGAAAGGGCAUCAUAGACGUCAGCCUGUACAACGAUACCGUGCCUGUGCUCAUGGCAGGGGAGGUCAGCGCCAUGUUCGGGUCGGCAGUGUGGCAGCUAAUCGCCUCCUUCCUCAAACUGCCCAUCUCUGGAACUCACUGCAUUGUUGGCGCCACCAUCGGCUUCUCCAUGGUGGCCAUCGGCACCAAAGGCGUACAGUGGAUGCAGCUUGUCAAGAUCGUGGCAUCAUGGUUCAUCUCCCCCCUGCUCUCUGGACUCAUGUCUGGACUCCUCUUCCUGCUCAUCAGACACUUCAUCCUCAACAAGGAUGACUCUGUCCCCAACGGCCUGCGAGCGCUGCCCCUCUUCUAUGCCACCACCAUUGGGAUCAACACAUUCUCCAUCUUGUACACUGGAGCCCCAUUGCUCGGGUUAGAGAUGCUGCCAGUGUGGGCCAUUUUCCUCAUCACUUUAGCUGAGUCGCUGAUCUGUGCAGCUUUGGUCUGGAUAUUCGUCUGUCCCUGGAUGAGGAGGAAAAUAGCAAGUCGUUUAAAGAAGGAGCAGGCUCUGUCCAGGAUCUCUGACGAGAGUCUGGACAAGAUACCUGAAGAGGAGGAGGAGAGCCCCGUCUUUAAAGAGCUACCAGGGGCCAAGGGCACAGAUGAGGCCGUGUUGCCGCUCACCGGGGGCAGCAGUGAUCGGAACACCCGUGACUCCAGCGGAGAGCUCACCAGCCUGGCUAAUGGAGGCAACGUCCUGCCAAAUGGCAGGGUGUAUGGCCGGACCCACUCGAUGACCAACGGCUGCCUCAAGUCUCCCAUCUCUAAUGGCAGCUUCAGCUUCGACGGCCACAUGCGCAGCGAUGGCCAGGUGUACCACACAGUGCACAAGGACUCAGGCCUGUACAAAGACCUGCUUCACAAAAUCCACCUGGGCCGCAUGGAUGACAGCGAUCGCUCCGGCUCCAACGCCGGCCCGCCAGACAACAAUUAUCGCCUGCUGCGGCGCAACAACAGCUACACCUGCUACACAGCAGCCAUAUGUGGCAUGCCCGUCCAGCCGCUCAUGCGCACAGAGUCGCGCGAUGACAGUGAAAAGCUGGUAGGAGAGGGAGGCGGCAGGAGCAACAGUGUGUCCUACUCCAAGAAGAGGGUACGCUAUGACAGCUACUCGUCGUACUGUAACGCUGUGGCGGAGGCUGAGAUCGAGGCAGAGGAAGGUGGGGUGGAGAUGAAGCUGGCCACAGAGCUGGAGGGGGUGGAAGAAGAAGGGGCUCCAGCUCCGAUGCCUCUGGACGACUUGGCCGAGGAGGACCAUGAGGAGAAGGAUAAGCCUGAGGUGUUCUUGCUCUUCCACUUCCUACAGAUCCUCACCGCCUGCUUCGGCUCCUUCGCCCACGGAGGCAACGAUGUCAGUAAUGCCAUCGGGCCCCUGGUGGCGCUGUGGAUGAUUUACGACCAGGGCGGUGUGAUGCAGGACGCUGCCACUCCCAUCUGGCUGCUGUUUUACGGUGGUUUAGGCAUCUGCGCCGGUCUGUGGGUGUGGGGCCGCCGUGUCAUCCAGACCAUGGGCAAAGACCUGACUCCCAUCACCCCCUCAAGCGGAUUUUGCAUUGAAGUAAUGAGUGCGCUAACAGUGCUUGUUGCAUCAAAUGUGGGCAUCCCAAUAAGCUCCACCCACUGCAAGGUGGGCUCAGUCGUGGCUGUUGGUUGGAUCCGCUCCCAGAAGGCGGUGGACUGGCGCCUCUUCAGGAACAUCUUCCUGGCGUGGUUCGUCACAGUGCCCGUGGCUGGCCUGUUCAGCGCCGCCAUCAUGGCCCUGUUCGUCUACGGCAUCCUGCCCUACGUCUGAGGGCGCACGGCUGGGAGGGAGAACAAGAGGAGGAGGAGAGAGUCAGAGAAAGAAAGAAAGAAAGAGAGAGAGAGGGAAACUUGGGUAAAAAUCAUAGCUCGAGUGUCAGGGGUGCAGAUGAAAGGAAAUGAAGAGGGAGAAAGGGUGACGUGGAAGAGAUGAAGCUGCAGAGGUUACAGAUGGACUUGGUUGUACUGUGGAUGUGAGGAGGGUUGGUUCAUAUGCUGCCUGGCUCCGUAGUCCAGAGAUCUUUUUUUGACUCAUUUGAGUUUCUGAUCGGUUUUUAUUUAUUCUCUUUUUUUGGGGUGCAUAAGAAGGCGUGUAACCAACGUGUUCACCGUACCAUUCAAUCUGCUGUACAUAUGACAAUAAUAAGGAGAUUUCCAGUAACUCUUAACAAGAAUUAUGUUUGUUUGAGAAACAGUGGCGGCCAUUUCCUGUCUCUUCAUAAAAAAAAAUUAAAAAAUCAUGACUUAAAAAAAAAUAAAAGACAGCACACGACUAAAAAUCAAACGGUUAAUCCUGCACACCUAAACUGCAGUAAAACUUGAUCGUUCUGCCUCCAGUCUCAGGCAGCAACGUCUGUCAAGUGCUCAUUAAUAUUGUUCCAAAAUGCCAGAAAAAAACCCUGUACAUAUUGUUGUAUUGGAUUGAGUGUGAUUUGUUGUAUUGCGGCUUGCUUUAAAGUUACAAAAAAAAAAAGAAGAAAAGAUGUGCGUGUGGUAAACCAACCCAUCCAUCAUGUCACCUUUAACAUGCUAGCCAGGUACAACUAGGGCCAAACAGAAAGGACGCCUCAGAGAGGGGUGGUGGGACUGUCACUCUGCUUUUUUUUUUUAUCGUCCACAUGAUACCACAGAAACCUGAUUUGCUAAAGAGUUGAUUUUUGUCAAGAGCUCCUGUAUGUUUUUAGAGAUGGAUCUCAUAUUUUUUAAUGAUGUAAUAUACUGUAAUUUGUACUGUAAAUACUGUCCUUAAAGAGUUCGGGGGGGUGGGAGGGGGGGUCAUGGGUUGUUUUUAACAUAGUAAGGGAGGGGGGGCUCUUAACCUCUUCAUGAUGUCAUAAUAUAAAGUGUGGUUCAUCCCAGUACACACACAUACACACACACACUAAGAACACACAUACGUGACAAGCUGCUGUUUUGGGAGGUUGGCAGAAGUAUAUUGAUCAGAAAACAGUAUUUAGAUUUAAAGUAAUGGACCCGUUCUCAACAGAGGAAACAGAGUCUUAAGGAUUUUAUCGGAUCAGUGAAUUCAACAGUAUUUUUCAGUAGUUUUUAAGUUAAAGGUUUCCCCCUUGAGAAAAUACUUUAAAUUAGGGCUGGGCGAUACGGAGAAAAUCAAAUAUCACAAUAUUUUUUGACCAGAUACCUCUAUAUUGAUAUUGCGAUUUAUUGUAGAGUUGACCAUCGGUGCUUUCACAAAAUAUAAUAAUCAUCAGUAAUGUGGAUCUAAAUUAUAGAACAGCUAGAAUAGUCUGUAAUGCAGCCUUUAAAACAAAGGAAAAGACAACACUUAAGAUAUUACGAUAUCCAAAAUCUAAGCCGAUAUCUAGUCUCAUAUCACGAUAUCAAUAUAAUAUCAAUAUAUUGCCCGGCCCUAAUUCAGAUGGCGACAUUUAAGAGAUUUAGGCCACGCUCAGACUGCAGGCAAAUCAGAUUCGUUUCUCAAUUUAGAUCUUGACACUAACUGUCCGCACUUUGCAAGUCAUCUGAUCAGAUUUUUGUGUCCAGACAUCACCAAUCUAUCUGCACUGGUUGCUGUGGUAAUGAUGUAGGCAUCAGGAGCUACACAGCAACCCUGAUGAUGCGGCUGUCCAACAUGGAAGCAUGAGAAGUGGAGGUCUAUCAAUUCGCCCUCUAAACAGUUAAUAUCGAUGUCUGUCCACUGACUGUUGCUCCUUGUGUUGAACUUAGCCCAGCGCCUCACUCUGGAUUUGAUGUUGUCAUCCUGUGUUGCGUUUAGAGACACUUUGAAAUCCGAUCCGAGCAUCCACAGUGUCCCGACUGAGAUGCAUCUGUAGAAAUCCAAGUGGAAUAGCAUUGCAAACCACCUUCAAAUGAGUUUCGGAUCAGAUUUGCAGAAGUCACAUUCAUGUGGUUUGUUGCUGACCACACUUCCUUAAAUCAAUCUGGAUGCAAUUUUAAACUAAAUGAUUUUGGCCGGCAGUCUGAACAAGGCCCGAGAGUAUGAGGAGGUUAAUGUGCAGCAGAAGCCAAAACACUAAACUGAACAGAGACAAAAACACACUCAUAAAGUCCCAUGAAACGUUCACAUAUCUUCAUCCGUUUGCCUUUGUUUUCAUAUAAAGAGCUCAGCUACUGGAGUCGUUUCCUCAUAUUGAAGGCUCCCUGCCAAUGACAGACCUCUACACUGUCCACGUUCGGGUCAUUUCAGAUCUCCCGCCCUGUUUCGCCGCUCGGAUUACAAGUCUUAGUCCAGGGUCCAUCUGUGUCUGUAGCCCUGAGCCUCGGUCUCACACCCCUGGUCAGCCUUGUCGAGUCAGACGGCGAUUAUGUGUCAUAUCAGAACAUGUUGUAUUAUAACUCAGCCAGUUAUGCAGAGGUGGAACGACGGGGGGAUUCAACCCCGGCCACACGUGUAGCUCCUCAAAAAAAAUGGGCUGGUUGUUGUUUGAAGUGUAGAAGCAUUUAGUCUAUUGAUCACCUGUGUUUCAAUAAGUGCUGAAGGUUAGGUAGAUAUCAUAGGGUCAAGUUGAGGGUGGAAUCGGAGCCCAGUUGGAGGCUUCGAGGUCGCUCAUGUCAGCAAAAUAUCACAAGACUUCUGUCUUAGGAUCAUGAUGUUCGAACGAGAUGGUAUCGGGGGCGGGGAUAGUACUGAUCAUCACCAGCUUUUUAACAGGGUCAGCCGACCUGUAGAUGAACAAAGCUUUUUUUAUUUGAACAAACUCGAUGCCAGGUGUUGCAAGGUUUUUGUUUUGUUUUCUUGUUCUUGUGGUGUGUUUCCUAAUUUCAUUUUUUUGUUUUCUCAUGAACAAAUCUAUGCUUAAGUAGCCACUUGCCUUGUAACAUUGUGUUUUACUUUGUGCAGAUACAGUAAAAUAAUUAAGUACUGUGGUGUUUACAUCGUAACCAUAUUGUAGAGAAAAAAAAUAACUGUUGCCUAAUGAUGCCAAUGAAAGACAAAAUAUUAACCAUGAAUUUUUAAGUGCAAGUAAAAAAAAAACCUGAAGUGUCUAGAGAGAGAGAACGAGAGCGAGAGCAAGUGUGCGCGCGGUGACUUGUUUUUUGUCGUAGCAGUAGUGCUAAUCAUGAUCCCUGUCACUUUACACUGCUACUACAAUGCGUUAACACUACAUGUAUGGGUGCAAUUCAGUAAUGAAGAGAAUGACUUAGAGAAAUUUCAUCAAGACUAUAUAUUUUUCUACCAUAUCUUAGUUUUAACCUGGGUGAGCUUCCAGACACUUUGGAGGACACACUGUGGGGGUCGAUGGGAAACUGGAAAACAGGGACUAGCUGUUCUAAGAUCUCUGUGAUACUGAGAAACUUAUGACAAGAGUGUCUCGCCUCACUGGUGCCAUGUGCCACACUUCCUGUAAGCCCAGUGUGUUCUUCUAACAUGUAGAUUGAUGUGUCGGUUGCCAAUAGAUCAGAUUUUUAAAUUACCAUUUUUAUUUUUGAAUUUUAGAUGUAAAACACUUUGUAAUUUUGUUUCCCUACUGCUUUCGAUCAUGAGCUGUGAGAGCAGGACGGCAUCUUGCUAAAACCAGGACGACUGCUCACUGGAGGCGAAAAUCUAGAAGCAAAAUAUCUCUGUAGCAGAGAAACUUUAAAUCUUAAAACUUGGUAACUGAUAACUGGACUAUGAGGACUUUUGUUUCCUUGUUUUGGCAGGUAACCACUCUUGAAGCUCAUUCCCUUUCAUUCUUCCGCAGGGUGUGUGUUACACAGGGGGCUGCGCAGGGCCGGUGUGUUCAAAUGCUCUUUGUACUGUGGUACAGCAAAGAUGGAGGAAAUGAAUUUUAAAGUCUCGGAAAAGAGGUUGAGCCUUGUUUCCCAAAACAUCUACAGCCUGUAGAAGAUCAGAUGAGUCCCUGUUGUCUUCAAAGCGAGCCAGUUUAGCUAACUUUAAUAUAAAAUGCACAUUUUAUUGUUUUACAGAGGGCAAUAAGCUAAACUGAACAGGAAAGUUAAAAAAAAGUGGCUUCUUUCUUUGUUCAUAUUCUAAACCAUCUACUGGAUUUUAAGAUAUAUGGCAUUUAUUCCAAGGCCAGAUUCCCUUUCUUGCAGUGUAAACCAAAGUGAAAAUAAUUUGUGAAUCCACUCCAAAUUUUAAUGGGCUCUUUCUUGGCCCAUGCGACACCCUUCCACCAAGUUUCAUAAAAUUUGGGUUAGUAGUUUUGCUGUAAUCCUGCCAAACAGACAAACUGAACCAAAAACCUCCUUGGUGGAGAAAAACUACAGCUCCCAUGAGUCUUAGCCACAAGUGCACAGUUUAAACCUUGUUGUUGAAUGCCAAUAAAUCCAAAUGUGUUUAUUAUGAUUAAAAUUAUAUUUAAUUUAGAAUAUGGACAAAAGACGCUGAUGAAAGUUAAGUGAGCAAUCACAUGAGUCUGAACCCACUCUCCUCAUGUUGGAUUAUGAGGUGAACUGGACUGAGGUCAGCCAGCACGCUUCAGACAUCAUGGUCGUGCUGCGUCACCGUGCUCUGCAGGGCCGCCCUCGUGUAACUCACACUCUCAUUUUUUUGUUUUUCCAUGCAUUCUCAGUCCUGAUAGGCCAAAAGGGAUGCACUGCUCAAGAUAGGGAGGGAAAGUGAGAAUGGUCUUCUGGUGACAGCGUUAAACAUAUCUGAUAGUGACGGCUCAGAAUGUCUCAUCAAAUUUUAAUAAAGCAACCAAUGCUGCACGGCAGAUAUUAAAGUAGCAUUGAUAUUUGUGUAUUAAAGCCCUGAAAUCUGACUUAUGUCUUUAUAACUUUAAGUAAUUAUAAUUAAAAUGAAAAUUUGGGAGCUUUAACAUUUGAAGUGUUUAUUCAAAUGCUUCUGAUUGGUGCAUGGAAAUAUGUGACAUCACCACUUUAAACCAGUGUGAAAAGCACAAAAACACAUUAAUCUGUCAUGUAAAGUGAUGAAAUCUGUUGUAACGUGCAGAAAAUGUGUACUCAUUUUGGACACAAUUGCUCAUAGUAAGACUGUGAUUGAGAAAAUAAGUUUUACAGGGCCUUUUUAAAUGAGCAGACCUCAUUAUAUUCUCAAUUAUAGAUAAAAAGGAAAAUUUAUUGAUACAUUUUUAGUUAAUAUUGUAUCCCAAAAGCCAAUAAUUCCAGUAACUGUGCCAGUAAAAGUAAUGUAAUCUAAAUAAAUAAGGGGUUAUGUAUGAGCGCAGCCACUAGAUGGCGCAGUCUGACACUUUUCCUCCCUAUAGAGAGGGACAGCAUGUUAGACCAGUCCGUUUCAGCUGACCAGUAUCCAUUGACCAAUGGUGUGAUUGCCAUUGAGGGAGUUACUGUGCUUCUACCGCAUUCAAACCGUCUCGUGACCUCUCCGUAGAGAAAAAGUAGGGAAACAGAAAGGUGCCAUUUCUUUCUCCCUGAAUGUGCAAUACAAGCUGUCUCUUGUGAAGGUGCAACUACAUCGCUGUCACUCUGUGGUCGUGUAGCUCCACCUGCCCUGGUGUAAUAGCGCCCUCUCCUGUAUGUACGGAACCAAGCGCCACCUCUCACACACACAGGUGGAGGGGCAUCAGUUCAGACCUUCAUCUGGAUGUGGCGUGCUGUCUCUAGUUUUCUGGUCUGUUGUGUAAUAGAAUGUGCUCCUUGGCUGGCCUGCAGGCUUUAAACAGCUCUGUGUUGUCUUUUUACUGUUUAACUGCUAUUUAACUGUCCAGUCCUUCAAAAGUUUAAAAAAAUAUAAAAUGAUAAAUAAAUAAAUAAAUGAAUAAAAAAAAAAUCAAA